AUGCGAAUCUCGUACAGGAAUACCGAAACCAUCAGUGAAGCCAUCAUCGAGCUAUCGACGUUACUCAUACACAUCACUGGUGUAUUCAUCAAAGUCAUCAUCUGGGCCGUCACCUCUGCGAGCUCUGUUCAGGAAGUUAGCAUUGCUGACGAAGAAGUCAAAGAACCAGAGCCAGACUUACCAAAGGCACCAGAACAUUUCAAGAGAGCUUUCAGUGUCCCCAAAGCUUUAUUUGAUAUUUACGAGACCUCUCGAGAAUGGCACUUUGGCUUUGCACCUAUGCAGAAUGUGCACGCUCUGGUGAUGGCGCUCCAUCAAGCGAACCUCAAGCGCGAAAAUGCUGAACAACAGGUGAGAGAUCUUACUCAGCGUCUACGUUCAGUCGCGGAACCAGGACCGGAAAUCCAGCCCUCAGAGCGCGAAUUUUCAAAAAUAGAAAAUGUCACUCCUGCGAAACUUUGUAGAAAGCGAUGCGCAAGACGAAAGGAGUUGAUUGAGAACCCAGGCAACAUACGGCUUAAAAAGAGGUUUGAGAAAUUGGCGGGUUGGAGUGAAGAGGUCGAGGCAGACAUUGACGCUGCUCAAGACCGCAAUACAUUACUUUUUGAUCAGCUUGGAGAAGCAGGCAAAGAAAUAAAAAGACUGGAGGACGAGAAGUUGUCUCUCAAGGACAACAAUGAAAAACUUGAAAAGCAACUCGAACAGAGCCGCAAAGAGAGUACGAUGGCCGAUGAUGUUCGAACAUCUCCGGUCCCCAGCGUUAGGCCCCUACAGGAUCCAGCAUCUCAGAUUGUUCAAGAAAACCGGAUCGCUGAGUUACAGCGGGAAAUUGAGCGGCUUCGGCAAGAAAACGACGAGAUCAGAAACGCUCUCGAGCAACCUCAAAGCCAAGAUAGCCCUCCAGAGAAACCAGAGGAGCAAAUCAAUGACGCAACUCCAGAAGAGACACAACUCAGGAGUGCAGACGCUGGAAUUGAGGUUCCAACCACCGAUAUCGAGAUAGGAGGUAUCACGACCGGAGAAGAUUCCACGGCACCACAAGAUAUCGAGACACCAGUGAUGCCAGUGGCACCUCCAGCAGCGCCAGAAGCAGAAGAAACCGUGGUUUUAUAUCCACAGCGACUCCUAAAUCGACACCUAAGAGCGAGCAGCGAUAAGGCCAGACGUGGACGAGACAGCCGACGACGAAGACGACGGGAGCAGCAGAGAUUAGAACGAGAAGAAGAAGAAGCUCAGCAACGGCAGCAGAGAAGGUCAGAAAGGAAGGGAGAUGCUCGGCGACCUCACAAACACCACAGAAAGCCUCCUAAAGUAUACAAACAGAAAAAGAAAAUUCUGUCGCCACUCGGAUGGCCAUAUGUUUUCCUCGCCGCUUGA